AUGCUAAGACGCUGCAGGCUGCUGCUGUGGCACUUGGUUCUUAGGUUAUCAUAUCAUGUGGUUACAGCUGGUCCGUGUCAAGGUGGGUCGGACAUCUUGGCAUCGGUCAGAGAGAACAGUCCGCUCGGUCAGUUCAUAGCCAACAUCAGCAUCAUCGGAGAACAACGAGCGAACACUAUCAGACUUUGUCUGAGUGGAGACAGCGCAGACUGGUUCUACUUAGAGGGUCGAGCCAUCCGACUCAACACUUCCCUCUCCAGAGUCCUGGACAGGGAGGAUCAGGGAUCGGUGCUGGUAGCAGAGCUCACCUGUUACGAAGAGGAUGUCAUGCAGAGUCAGUUCAGGAUCCUGGUGGAGAUCGUGAAUGAAAACGACAACAGACCAAACUUCCUGCAGGAGACGAUUGGUCCGUUCAGCAUCAGUGAGCUGACGGCUGUGAACUCUGUGAUCUUCACUGUAAAAGCUGUUGAUGCAGACGGAGACAUGAUCAGUUACAUCAUUGAUCAAUCAUCGCCGGACGCCGCCUUCUUCAGGAUCGAUCUACCAAACAGCGGCAGCAUUGUGUUGGACAAACAUCUGGACUUUGAGACCAGACAUCACCUGGAAUUCUUCAUCUGGGCCCAGGAAUCAAACACAGAGGAUAAAUUCAACUCUUCUGCUCGUUUAUCCGUGAACAUCGAGGACGGAGACGAUCAAUAUCCUCACUUCCUGCCGUGUUCACCUGUCGCUCCAGGUGUUCCUGUCUGCAUUAACCCCGCCUACACCACCAACAUCACACACAGGACACAGGAUGUUGUUCUGGAGUUCUCUCCUGGUCCAAUCAGAGCAGUGGACGGAGACAGGGGAAUCAACAUGUCUCUGAUCUACAGCAUCAUAUCAGGUGACGACCACGGCAGGUUUGAGAUCAACCACACGACAGGUGAGCUCAGGUUAACUCGAGCUGUGGACGACCAACGACUGACACCAAACUUCACACUCAAGGUCAUGGUGUGUCAGGUGGACGACAGGCUGAAAUACAGCGUGGCUUUCGUCGUGGUCAGAGUUUUGAAUGAAAACAAGUUCCCUCCGGUUUUUAACAGAACCACUUUUAAAGGUUUCAUCAUCCAGAGCUCUAGCCCCACCUCCAUCGUCUCAACCUAUGGGAACCAGGUGUUACAGGUCCAGGUGUCCGACCGAGACUUCUCUAAUGGACUGAAUCCAAACAUCCGCUACUCCCUUCAUCCUCUGUCUGGCCUGUACCAUGUCACUCAGAUGGGGAUCCUGAUCGCCAGGACGGACCAACUGCACAACUUCGACCGCCACAUCCUACAGGUCGUAGCCAGAGAUGAAGAAUCAGGAGAAGAAGUUUCAGCGUCAGUUGAUAUUGAAGUUCUGCAGAGAGGACAAGCAGUUCCUCAUGGUGCGUUCACUGAACAGCAGAUGUUUGGAGAUGUGGACACUCGACUGGCAGGAGGAAUCGCAGUUUUGAUCGCACUGAUGUUUUUAUCAGCUCUUCUGUUUUUGCUGCUUCGAUCAGUGAAGAGACGACGUCUGCAUAGCGACCCUGAAGUGCACACGGCCGUCGCUCUGGAAACACAUCCAAACGUGACGACUCUUCAUCUUUCAGUCGUCAUGGUGACUCGUUGUCAGAGAGUUUUCGUGGGAUUUACACUCGCAGAGAUCUUCAACACCUGUCCUCAUCAUCAUCAUUUCACACUCACCUGUGUCCUGUUGUCGAGGGAGCAGCAGCUCAACCAUCCACAGCUGACCAAUCAGAAGAGACUUCACUGGAACAACAGCCAAUCAGGGACCAGGAACAAUUCACUCACUAAUGUGUAA